AUGGGUCUUCUGGCCGAAUCCAAGAGCCGGAGGAAAAUCUCCAAAGACCCAAACAACACAAAAUGGACACGAGACACGUCGACCUUUGGCCAGAAGAUCCUGCGCGCUCAAGGCUGGGAGCCAGGGCAGUACCUCGGGGCCAAAGACGCAGGGCACUCCAAUCUGCACACGGCCGCCAAUGCCUCCUACAUACGGGUCUCGCUCAAGGAUGACAUGAAAGGCCUCGGCUUCAAUAAAGCAAAGGAGGACGAGGUGACGGGGCUCAAUGUCUUUUCCGACUUGCUGAGCCGGCUGAACGGAAAGUCGGAAGAGGACGUCGAGGGCGAUAGGCGAGCCAGGCUGGAGAUGAAGACCAACGUAUAUGUGGAGCAGAAAUGGGGUGUCAUGCGUUUCGUCAAGGGGGGACUGCUGACGGACGAGAAGCGUGGAACCAAGGACAAAUCGUCGAAGAAGGAGAGGAAGAGCAAGAAGCGGAAACUCGCCGACGCUGAUGAAGAGGAUGCCGAAGCCGAGUCGAAGAAAGAGAGGAAACGACGGAAAGAAGAGCGAAGGGCUCGGAAGGCCUCUGCGGAGUCCGCGCCGGACAGCACCGAGGACGCAAACCAAAGCAGCGACGCCAAGGCAAAAAAGAAGGCGAAGAAGGAGAAGUCGUCUCCCGGCGACGAUGUGGACGCCGAGCAGGACCAGCCUGGUUUCACAGACGAUGGCUCGCGAAAGAAGGCCCGCAAGUCGAAAUCCAAGGACAAGAAGCCAGACCCGCCGAUCGACGAGGAUCCCGUGAAGGCCGGGAAAAGGUCCAAGGACAAAAAGGAGAAGAACAGGAGGAAGAAGAUGGACGCGGAGCCUGCCGACUCCAAAGCGUCCGAGUCGGCGGAGCAGGAAGACGUCGCCGGCUCCGCGACGGCCACUGGGGCCUCGACGCCGACGGGAUCCGGCACUGGCACGUCAACACCCAAGGGCGGCCGCAACUUUGCCAGGUCACGCUUCAUUGCAGCGAAAAGGCAGGCCAUGUUGGAUGCCAAGUCACUGAACCAGAUCUUCAUGAUCAAAACAUGA